GAAUUGAAUUGUGCGGUAUUAUGCAGGUACAGUGUUGUGGUGAGAGUACCGUCGUGCUGCUAGCAAACGAUACGCGAGCCGUGAGAUCUUGUGUAGCAGAGGUAUUCAUGUGUAAAGCGCGGCCUCGUGCGUUUGCGUUCGAUCUCGAGUAAGUGUUCGCGUGUGUGUUCGAACCAAAAGUGUUUGCUCGAAGAGGAUACGUUCUGUAAAAUAUCGCGAGUGAUUGUGAAGUGAUACUAAUCUUCGUGCGAGCGAACACGAAAUUUUCGAAACGAAUUUAUCUCCGUUUGUUGUGUCUCGGCGCGUAAUUUUUAUUCAAACGGUUUUCUCACCGCUUUCCUCGGCCUGUGUUUUCACGAAAUUACGUGUAGUCACGCCACUUUCGUGCCAUGUGAUUUCGUUCCGGGCAAAGUUUUCGUGUGCGCGUAUUCGCUCGAUGAAUAAAUCAUGCACAUUACCUACGGAAUUCAUAGAUAUUUGACUACGUAGUUCAAUGUGCACAUUUUGUGCACAUAGAGGCGCUGAUGGUACAGCAUACGAGUGCCUCCAUAGACAAUGUUGUUUGCGGAAGCGGAUCGUUCUCAUUCAUGAAGCAUAAUAUCGUAUGUUGUUAUGUCGCGUCGUUUCAAGUCAAGUUUUCGCCCGCGGGUUACGAUUCGCUCGAUCAUUUCAAAGGGAAAUACGUUAACUCGUAAUUUCGCAAGAUCGCACUAUUCACGCGUUAUUCGUCGUGUUGGAGAUUAAGUGCGCGUCAUGCCGGAUUAUUGUCAUAAAUGCCGCGCAAUAUAUUUUUACGUUUCUAUUGCACAGAUAAUAAUCUUUCUAAACAUGUUUUCGUGAGCGUCAUAGAGAGGCAUCGUCGAACGAGUAGUAGUUUCGUAGAAUCUUGUGUCGUUCACGUUGUUUUUUUCCGUCUCGAUACCAUAAAGUCAAGUGUGAUCGUCAUCGAGAGUGUCGUACAAAGUAUCACGCAUUUUUCCUUUCCGAUUAUUAAUGUGCAUUGUACAAGCAGUCGACACAAAGAAUUUCACGCGAGUGCCAUGAAGGAAUAACAAUAGCGAAAUCUAUGAGAUCCGCGAGGAGUGGACCCGAGGUAUCAGGCAUCGGCGGAGCAAUCAUGGAUUAAUGUUUCAACUCCGCUGUUGCGCAGCAGUGUUGGUGAAAUCCGGGGCGAGUCAUCAGUGGAAAAGUUACUCCAAGUGCCUGGCCUUCUCUUCCACGAAGCCCGAGAACCAGUCGACGACUCGUGCCACCAGAAUACUAGAUUCCGGAACUGAAUGCGAUAUCGAGAAUACUCUCAAAAAGGAAAUUCAAACGCCAAUAAACGUUACGACAGCAGUCGUAGAAAAUACUGUCGAAGAAAGUUUAUUUUCUACAAGGCUACCCGCGAAAGAAGAAUCUCAUGUUAUAAAGAACUUUCAAAGCGACAAUAGCAAUGAUUCAGCACACGCGCAAACGGAGACGAAUUCACGUGGUGACGCCUGUCCUACUGAAGAUCAAUGUGAGAAAGAAAAAUGCUCGAACAAACGAAGAGACUCUAAUUCGUCCAGCGACUACGAAAAGAUUAGUAUAACGGACUACAAAGUAUCCACACCCAAUACUGAAAUCCCAGAUAAAACUGUCUCCGAAUCAACAUAUAUUUAUAAAAUCGAGAAAAAUUCUUCAGUUUCCUCGCAGAUAGUUACGAAGUCGCGAUCCGUAAAUGAUCUGGCGACGAGAGAGGCCACGUGCGAAAACCCCUUUACAGAAUACUCGAGGCAGGACGUGGAAUCAGUCACGAGCGAUGAGAACGAUGACACAUCGUCACGACACAAGAAGAAGAAAAGACGUUUCACCAGAAACGUGCUACAUUACGUACCGCAGCAUUUGGUGAAACAGCCGAAAAAGAAGAAGAAGAAACUGAAAAAGAAAUCCGCCCUGAGCAGUUCGCUGAACUCGCUGAAAUCGUCGCAAACGACGCCCCUCGCGAGGACCGUCCAAGGUUCGUGCGCUAAGAGCAGGAGCCUGUCGAGGGACGAGUUGAGGAACGUAAUCAUCUCAUCGCCAACGAACUUCGUUCACGUGGCCUCCGCUACGAAUCCCAGCCUGAUCCAAAACCCCGUUAGGCUUGAUCUGGAGCAGAUCAUGAUCACUCAUCACCAGAUAUGCGCCAUGUUGCCUCUGCUCAUCAAGAACGAGCAGCGCAAGAAUGGAAACGUCGAGCCGCAGUCCAAGGUUACCGCAAGAAUGCCUCUCGCGGACGACGUGAUUUCCAGGCAAUCCGGGCAAAACCAAUCGGCCGUCGAAAGCGUCGCGGAUAAGAGCGAUCGAACAAACUACGCAAAGAUACAGAGCAACUUCUCGAGAGACUCGCAGGCGGCGAAAGUUUUGGAGUUCGGCCAGAUGGUGAAAAUCACGACUGGGAAUCAGGCCGAUCCGCCGGAAGAGAUGUACGAGCCGGUCUGCCAGUCUUCCCCUGCGGCGCAGCCACGGGCGAACUGCAGCUUUCUGUGGAGCAAUCACGGGGCGAAGGCGACUUUUCCAAAUGACAAGUCCGACCCAACCGCUACGUGCCAUACCGCGAAGGAGGAAAACGACGAGGGCAGCGACAGCGAGGGAUACGACGACAUCGGACCAUCGAACUUCACCGCUCAACCGGAAUCCGACUAUGACGAUGUGGGUCCACCGGCUGUUUCCCUCGUCGAGCUCGAGGGGUCUGUCGUUGACGCUAAAGACGACUGCGAUGAGAUUUACGACGACGUGAUGCCGCCCAAGCAGGACAAUUCAAAAGUCGUCGACGAGAGCGAUUACCUAAUUCCGGACGCCGGCGACGAGGCACCGUGCAAGGGCUCGUUCGUGGAAUUGCGAGCGACAUCCAGGAGUCACGCGACGGAAACUGGGCCACUGUUUUUUAUUUCGGGAGCGAACGACGAUCAAUAUUUCUCGACGACAAACAAUGAAUAUUCCAGCGUGGACUGCGAAAGUCAGCUGGGCGAGGGGGAGGAGGAGGACGAGCGGGACGAGCUGGGUGUGUAUGACGACGUCGGCCUGCCACCGUCCGGCGAGGAACGUGUCAAUAGCCUUUACGCCGGCUCCACACCCGGCUCUGUCUUAGGACUCGCGACCUCGACGACGAACGGCAAGGAAUCCGAGUGGGAGGACCUGGAAGAAGUCUCGUACGCCUCGCGCUGCCCUUGUCAGACCAAUGAUCCGUGCGGGAGAGGGACCGAGGGACCGCAAAUUCUUGCAUCGGGCAAAAAGAAGCUCGCUCAACGAUGGUCGCGCAAUGUCAGGAGGCAACGAUCUAGGAGAUCUCGCAGAAACAUCAAGGCGACACGGAUGACCCGCGAUACCGUGAUCAACGACAACGUUUCCGACGACAGCACGUACGAGAGCCUGUAUUCCUGCCAGCCAAAUGACCUCAGCAGCGAUUCGGAAACGGAAACGGGCAUUACACAGCAGCCGCGCGGCGAUUACUUGAUCGACACCUACCAGGAAUGCCCUACGAGGCCGACCCCGCCGCCACCGAGGGAGGCCAGUCUAACUCAGACUCUGGGCAGGCGGAUAAAGAUGCUGCGGCGAACCUGGAGCAUUACCAAGGGUAGCCUGGGCAGGAUCAGGCGGCGAACGUCCGUCGACGAGUCCACCUUCGACGACAAGGAGCAGUCUGUCAAUGAGCCGCACAUCGACGUCGGGAGGUACUUCAAUUUCCGAUUGAAGCACUUCAGCCGAAAGAGCGUCGUUGGCCCACCGACUUUCUACCUCGACGAGAACGAAGGAAACGAUGGUGUUCGUGACAACAAUAACGGCAAGGAGGCGAUUUAUACUAAUAGCCAGUAUAUGGGAAGCAGCAGCGAUGAUUCCUCAAGAACCCCGACAGGCGUCGACGUCGAUCAUUAUAGUGUGCUCGCCGAUCAGGAACCUCUCUAUCAGUUUUACGCGGCCGCCGUGGCUCGUGUUGCUUUCGAAUCAGAUUCCGAAGGUUAUGAAGAGGUAGAAGAUACGAUGUGGAAGACGGAAUCAGCCGCGGCGGAUCUUACUAGAGCAGGACAGAGAAUGCUUUGGUGUCAUACUCCACAAGUGAUACACAGUGGCCUCUUACAAAAAUUAACACCGGAAGAGAAGAAGAUUCAAGAAGCCAAGUUUGAGAUUUUGACUUCUGAAGCAUCGUACUUAAAUUCUCUUCGAGUCCUAGAAAACGAGUUCCUCAAUAAUCAUAUACUAAUGAAUGAGAUUUUAACGCCGAUUGAGAGAAAGAAAUUGUUUGGCGGGGUACCGAGCGUAUUGUCGGCGUCGCAAACGUUCCUAGCUGAAUUGGAAGCAGUGUGGAGGGCAGAUCUGAUGCUGCCGGGUUUAGCGGAAGUUUUGUUAAAACACGCCGAAAAGUGUCAGGCUUCAUAUGUGGCAUACUGCUCGAAUCAAGUCAGCAUUGACAUAACCCUGAAAGAACUCAAAACUCGAAAAGGUGUAAAAUUCUUGGAAGUUGUCAAGCGAAUAGAGAUGCGACCGGCGUGCCAAAAUCUAUCAUUGCAUUCCUUCCUAAUGCUACCAAUGCAGCGUAUUACAAGGCUACCCUUAUUAGCUGACGCUAUUCUUUCUAAAUUAUCGAUGGGAAAUUCGGACAGAAUGUCUUGGGAAAAAGUUUUAUCGACUUUGAGCAAUGUCGUCGCUGAAUGCAACGAAGGUGCGCGAGCUGCUUCACAAGAAGUCGAAAUGGAAGCCUUAGCAAGAAAACUGGAGUAUACUUCGAAAAUUAAACCAAUCAUGCUGAGAAGCAAGCAAUUAGUUAGAAGUGGCUCGGUCGUGCAAUUGUCGACAAAGACAGAUGUCGAAUAUAAGCUCACAUUCGGAAAGAAAUUUACCAAAACGCCCCUUUAUCUUCUACUACUUACUGAUUAUCUUCUAGUCACGAAAUUGAAAUCUAAUGCUCAUGACGAAUGCUACACCGUCAUAGACGCGUGCAAACGGAAUCUUUUAGCCCUAGAGUCGGCACCCGAAGAAACGCCAUUUGCUGGACGAAAUGCUAUGAUACUAACUUUUCUCGAAAACCAUUGCGGUCGCCACGUAGAAUAUAUUUUGAUGUGUGACAAUAAUACAGAACGAGAACGAUGGCUGGAGGCUGUCUCGCCGCCUAAACGAGGUUUAGUUGGGGAAACAUUAUAUGAAUCUUGGGACUGUCCACAAGUAAUGGCCAAGUAUCCAUAUUCGCCAAAUCAACCAGACGAACUGUCGUUACAGCCAGGAGAUGUAAUAAACGUAUUGAGGAAAAUGGCAGAUGGUUGGUAUCACGGUGAGAAAUUAUUAGAUGGUGAACAAGGAUGGUUUCCAGCGAAUCAUACGAAAGAGGUUGCAUCGGAACAUGUGCGCGCACGGAAUCUGAAGCAACGACACCGUCUCUUAGCACUCAGCAAUAGCGUAAUACAACAAAGAAGAGCGAAACAAAAUCAGGGAAUCCAUUGACGAAAUAAAAAUAUAAUUCGAUUGUGAGUCCUAAUUACUCAGACAUUGUGAUUGUUAAUAAAUUAUGUGUUUGUUUGUGUGUGUGGGCGCGCGUGCACGCACGCACACACACACACGCGCGCGCGCAAUUUCUACAUUUCAGUAUUGAAUAUUCUGAUUAAUUAUGUGCCAAUGUAAUAAUGUUACUCGUUUCUUAAAGCAGGAAAAAUUUUAUGAACUUUUACUGUAGUAUAUUAAAAUUACAAAAAAAUGAUAUAAAAAAGAUACUGAUAUAUUUUAUAUUUUACGUAAAUAUUGUAUAUAAGAUAUGGGGAGAGAAAAAAAGAGAGAAUGUUGUAACAAAAGUAUGCGUCAUUUAUUAUAUUUUUAUACAAAUACAAUAUAUAAACG